UCUCCUGCUCGCGCUCACAAGUUGUUUUUAGCGUAAACGAACACACUUCUGGAUAAAACUUCGUAUUUUUUGGACUUGGGAACUGUUUUAAUUGCCUCAAAAUGACUACGGAGAGGCGACGUAGCAGUUUUAUCGGGGUCCCUAUAAAGAACAUAGAGAGGGAGCUGAUUUGCCCCAUCUGUAAAGAGCUCUUCACUCACCCCCUGAUCCUGCCCUGUCAGCACAGCGUCUGUCACAAAUGUGUCCGAGAGCUGCUCAUGCUCAACCAUGACGACUCCUUCGACGCGGGGUCAGAGUGCUCUUUACCAGGCAGCCCCAGGUCCCGGGUCCCCUCUCCCUCCAUGGAAAGACUGGAUCGCCUCGUCAGAUCAGGUUCAGUGUCUUCUCCAGGCUGGCGCAGAGGUUCUGUCACCCCCCGCAUCACCACCAUCCCCUGCCCGGGCUGCCAACACGACAUAGACCUGGGCGAACGUGGCAUCAGCAUGUUGUUCCGAAACUUCACACUAGAGAGCAUCGUAGAGCGGUAUCGUCAGGCGGCCCGGGCGGCUGUGGCGAUCAUGUGUAACCUAUGCAAACCUCCACAACUGCAGGAGGCGACCAAGAGCUGCAUGGACUGUAAAGCCAGCUUCUGUAACGAGUGCUUCAAACUGCACCACCCCUGGGGAACGCCCAAAGCUCAGCAUGAGUAUGUGGGGCCGACGACUAACUUCAGACCCAAGGUGCUGAUGUGCCCAGAGCAUGAGAUGGAGAAGGUGAACAUGUACUGUGAGGUCUGUAAGCGUCCCGUGUGUCACCUGUGUAAACUGGGAGGGUCUCACGCCAACCACAAAGUCACAUCUAUGAGCAGCGCGUACAAGAUCCUCAAGGAAAAGCUGGCAAAGAGUAUCCAUUACCUCAUCAGUAAAGAGGACCAGGUCCGAGCUCAAAUUACUGAUCUGGAGACACUCAUCAAUCAGACUGAGGAAAAUGGCCAGUUGGCGGAGCGCAGAGCCAAUGAGCACUUUGAGCGUCUAUUUGAGACGCUGCAGGAGAGGAAGUCAGAGAUGCUCCGGUCGAUCGAACAAUCUCGCAACCGCCGCCUGGAUCAGCUCAAGGGACAGGUGGAGGAGUACCAGGGCAUGCUGGAGAACAGUGGGCUGGUGGGAUACGCUCAGGAAGUGCUGAAGGAAACGGACCAGUCCUGUUUUGUGCAGACAGCAAAGCAGCUCCACGUCAGAAUUCAGAAGGCCACUGAGUCCCUGCGCACCUUCCACCCGGCCGCUGACCCGUGCUUCGACGAGUUUGUUCUGGACACAUCAAGAGAGGAAACUUUACUCAAGGAAAUGUGUUUUGGAGGAGUCCCAGACCCUCCUCUGAUUGACCUGUCUAACAGUCGAGUUUAUAACGAAGCAUCUAUUCACUGGAGACUGUCUGAAGAUAGUUUACCUACUGACCAUCAUGUCUUGGAAUAUCGCAGACUUGGAGGCCAGAGCCCAUGCCCCUCACAGUCUGAUGGCGAGGACAGCGGCCUAUGGAGGUCCACAGAGCGGGUGUAUGGUCCCAGUGCGCUGGUCUCAGACCUGGACCCCGACACUCUGUACUCCUUUAGAGUCCGCAGCUGCAGAAACUCCAUGUUCAGCCCCUACAGCCCUGAGGUCACCUUCCACACGCCCCCCGCACCAGCCUUUGGGUUCCUGUUCAAUGAUAAAUGUGGGUUCAGCACUGAGCGCCUGGUUCUGAACAAGAGGAGGGACUUGGUGGAGAGUGUGGCUGGGAUGGGCUUCCUGUUGGCUGCAGACAGAGUCCAGACCGGGAGCUACAUUGGACUGGACUACAUCAUCGGAGACACGGGAAUCUCUCAGGGAAGACACUUCUGGGCCUUUAGGGUUGAACCGUACUCUUUCAUGGUUAAAGUCGGUGUGGCGUCGGACUCGAAGCUUCUGGAAUGGUUUCAUAAUCCACGAGACACUAGUAGCCCAAGAUAUGACCACGACAGCGGACACGACAGCGGCAGCGAGGACACAUGCUACGAGCUUUCGCAGCCCUUCACUCUCCUCACUCUGGGGAUGGGUAAAGUCUUCAUCCCCAAAGCCUCCUCCUCUUCCUCAUCCGUGAGCUCUGUGAGCACAGUGGGGGACCAUGGAAGCCGGAUCCUACCCAUGCCUCAGCGAAUGGGAGUCUGCCUGGAUUACGACGCAUGCAGAGUGUAUUUUUACGACGCGGACUCCAUGCGGUGCCUUUAUGAGCGGCCGGUGGAUUGUUCCGGCACCAUGUAUCCCGCUUUUGGUCUAAUGGGAAGUGGGAAGGUGCAGCUAGAGGAGUUUAUAAUGGCAAAGAGACUGACGUUUUAAAGAGCGUUUGUGGAGUAGGGACGCACAGCUCUCUGCAUGUUUUGCGUCAGGCCUGUCACCAUAACGACUGCAAUGUUUGCGUGUAUCUUCGUUAUAAUUCACACAAAACACAAAUGUCAAAACAAGUUAAAUCCAUUGCACUAGCAAAUGUCCGAUAGUCUUAACAGCCACUAGAGUAGCUAAGUGCUAGCUGGGGCUAACUCAAGAAUCAAACUGACUCUGUAGUUUAUUGCACUUCAAAUUUUGUUUUUGCAAUUUAGUGCCACAUAAAAAUAGCAUAACACUGAAACAAAAUUGUUGAUUUAACCAACAGAAAGUUGGAACAGUGACUCUCACUGGUCAGUAAUUGGUCAAUAACAGACAUAUUAACAUUCACUGGAAGCACAUGGAUAACUCCCAGAUCAACAAACAUGAGCUGCAAUAUAGAUACUGAGUUCUGUCAUUUAUACAUCAGUGAAAUAAAAUUACUUAUUCAACACCCUACAGCUCAAGUCCUAUGGUACUGCAACAAAAAUCCCCAAAUGAAAAUAUGACAGAUCCAGCUUUUAUAUAUUGAAGUCGCUUUGAUAGUUAUUGUGACAGGCCUAGUUCUGCGCUAUGUUGUCUGGACGAUAUAUAGAGUCCAUUAGAAAAAUUAGCCACAAGGUCAAAGGAGGCAGAUAUCGCAAGGUCUGACUUAAGCAUCUUUACACUGUCCGUUUACACAGGUUUCACACUGGCUUUGUUUACAUGGCCCAAUAAAUGAUAAUGGGAAAUGUGGGUCUCAUUUAUAAAACUUGGAAUUCUUACAAAGGGUGUAAAUGGAGACAAACCACAAACUUUCUCAAAAUUGCUCACUUCUCCUCCCUAAAAGCUCUGACGUCUUUGGUUCAGAGUUUUUGGACCAUAUUGCUCAUUUUCAUGUUAAAUUUGAUAAAUAGACAACUUAUCAAUGAAGGUAUCAUUUUUGUACUUGCACAUGCUUUAUAAAUGAGACCCCAGAUGACUGGCCUGGAUUUACAUCAUGAAUUACAAUCUGGUGAUUAAUCGGAUUAGGCAAUACUUUCAUAUUGUAUCCACAUCAGAUUAAGAUCUCUACAUUUUAACAACUGAUUACUCCAGAAAUCAGAUCAGGAUGUUGUUUAUAAAGCAUGCGUAUAAAAAGUGUUCAUGACUUUCUGUGUUAAGUUUGUGAUUUAUAAAAAGAUAACUAAACAUGAAAAUGAGUGAUCUGGUCCAAAAAACCCUGAACUUUGGGCGUCAGAGCUUUCAGCGUGGAGAAGUAGGCAAGUUUGAGGAAGUAUGUGGAACUAGAGAUCGACCGAUAUGGGUUUUUCCAUGGGUGAUGAGUUUGUUUAUAAUCCAGAGCAUCACCGAUAAUCUUAUUUUUGGGCAGAGUUUCAAAAUUUUCUCCAAAUGAUAUAAUUUUAAUUUACUACAAACUCGCACAUACACACAUGCAGUCAGGGUUGUGGGUAAGUGUUAAAAUUAAGCAUCGAGUCUAUUCUUUAGGCCGCAGCUCAGCCAAAACAAAAAACGAUCGGUCUAUCUCUAGUUUUGUCCCUGCCUUUUAGUAGGAAUUCCACCUAAAGUUUGAUGAAUUAGACCCCCGAUUAUUGGUGUACACGUAAACCUGGCAAAUACAGAAUUAGUAGAAGGCCUUCUGUGCAUAUCAAAGCGUCUGGUAAUGUAAGCUCGUGUAUGCAGCUGCAGUAUGUUUAAAUGGUUUUUAUUUUAACAUUUGACACCUUUUUUUUUUUAAAGUUGUGUUUCUAGAUUAUGUGUGCAAUUCUAGUUCUGUGAUAAUCAUAGUGGGGUGUGGUUGUCUCUAUGUAGCAGAGUACGUUUUUAGUGGACCUGAUGGAGCCUUGAAGCUACACUCGAGCUUAGUACCUUGGUGCCUUUCAUUUAGGAACCGGCGAUUUCAUUGGGUUACAUGUUUGCGUGAGAAGCGUUCGUUUUAUUGCACACAUUAGCACUGUAAAGUUCAUGGAAUAGUUUCACUGGUGUAGUUGGUUUAUGCUUGUUGAUUCAUUGACUACACUAAAACACUGUACUUUUGUCACUUUUCUGUUUUUUUGUUUAGCGGUUUUGCACAUUUCAUCGUAUCUGUACACAGAGUUAACUUUCAACACAUUAUCACUGAAUUGUUACGUGUAUAUCUUUGUUUUCAUUCGCACAAAACGCACCAUUUAUUCGUAUAAGUGUCACAACAACAGCAACUCACAAUUUUCGUUUCACCGUCAUGACGAGUAUUGCACUUACCUGAAUGUGACUUAAAGACCAAGUUAAAUCCAUUGCAGUAGCAGACGUCUGAUAGUCUUAACAGCCUCUAGAGUAGCCACUGUUUUAAUCUGGUGCUAACUCAAGAAUCACAUUUUCAGGUUCUCAACAAGUGCUCUAUCACAAAUCAAAUAUCACCUUUCAGUACUGUUAUCAAAGCCGUACAGACGCAAACAAGAGAAAGGAGACUGUGGUUAAUGGGCUGUGACUUAACUUGAUUUGCUAACAAAGUAACUCGAUACAAGUCACUGUAUGUUUUGCUCUUUAAAGGUACAAUAUGUAUCUUUUCUGCCAGCGGUCCGCCAUGUUUGCCGUGAAUAUUCCACUGUAUGGCAUUAAACUCAACCUGGAAUGGAAUGAAGUGAAUGAAUAGGAGGAUGUCUUAUUGCAGACUGAAAAACUUGCAUUCUUACAGCGAGUGGGGCUCCUUUUCUCCACAGAUCCGGCCCGAAACUUGGCCUGUCAGCGUUACCUACUUGUCUCCAUGGAGAUGAGUUUAAUGCGAUACUGCGGAACUGUUCUGGGAAUAACAGAAAACUUGCAUAGCGGACCUUUUCAGUUGACGUGUCAGAUUAUUGGAGGGUUAGGUUGACUACGGCCUGUUGCUACCUACCUCUAUACAACACUGGGAAUCCUUUCUUAUUAAAACACUAUUUUUUUGCUGCUUGUUCAUCGACUUUUCCAUGUACAUAAUCGAUUAAAUCUUAUUUUCGUUUAAAAUCUUGACGUUUUAGUUUUUGUGGGUUUUAAGUGUGCUACUGUGCGAGCGUAACCUGUUUAACCUGUCAACAGAAGUUCCCAUUAAUAAAACAGAUUAUGGUGGCCCCUUAUUGGCUGAAAGAAUGAAAACACGGGACAAACAGGACAAAAUCUCACUUUUAAGUUCAAAAACGCAUCUUGAAUAUGAAAUGCAGACAUUCAAAUAUGAAAUAAAAUGAUUAAUGUAAGCGGUAUUUGUGCCACCAUAGUUUGAACAAAAUCUAUGGGAAACGCUGUCGAGAUUUUAACUUGCUAUCAAACUUCAAUACGUUUUUGAUAUUGUUUUUAAUGUAUGUUUGAAAUGUUAUCUUAAUUUAAUAAAUAAU